AUGAGGCUUUUAUUCAUUGAGGCAGUUAGUCGAAGCGCAAAAGAACAAGUGGAGCCAACUUUCACUCGAUUUCUGAUUGAAAAAGGUCUCAAACCCGAGGAAUUCUUUCAUUUAAUCUCAACCGACCAAUUUAAAUGGCGUUAUGCAUGGUUACUAGGAGAUGCAAAACAUGUAAUUGCUGAAUUCUAUCGCUAUGGUUUUGGGACUGUAAAAGAUAUUCAUGAAUCAUUAUAUUGGUGUCGAAGAACAAUAAAAUGCGGAAGUUUGGGUGGAUAA